AUGUUUCAAAUUGUUAUCGUGGGAAGCGGUUUUUACGGCAUCGCGUUGGCCAAUCGACUGCAAAAGCUCAAUGCCAACAUAACGCUUAUUGCCAAUUCGGAACGUACUAUAUUCUUGCCUUCAACUAUUCGAUUGCCCUUCAACAAAGAUGCUUCCAGAGUUGAGGUGCUUGUCAAAGACGUGCUAAAUUCCAAUGUAGAGUUGAUUGUUGACCAGGUCCUCAAUAUUGAUGAGGAGAGGAUCGAGUUAAAAUCCAAUCAUUCAAUUGCAUACGACCGGCUGGUAAUUGCAACAGGCGCUGAAUGGGAUGACCCAAUUUGUCCCGACAAGUUCCUUCAAUACGGUAUUGAAACUUACGCUAACGAACUAUCUGCAAAGAUUGAAAAAGCUCGAAACAUAGUAAUUGUCGGUGGUGGCAUCGUUGGAGUCGAAGUGGCAGGAGAAAUUGCUUACCACUGUCCAAAGAAAACGGUAACGCUGAUCCACUCUAGGGACAAAAUCUUAAACGGAGAAGUGAUUGAAAAAGCCCGUGACAGUGUCCAGUCUCAACUUCUCAACCUCGGUGUCAAACUAAUCCUGGGAAAAAAGGCAGAAAUCAAAGGUGAUUCUGUCUCUAUUGAUGGUUCACAGAUACCCUGUGAUCAUUUGAUUAAAGCUACGGGUCCAAGGGCAAAUCCGCCACCCUCCUCUAUCAAGGGUUUGCUCAACGAACAAAGGGAAAUCGUCAUCAGUGCGACAUUCCAAACAGUUUCAACCCCCAAAAUCUAUGCUAUUGGGGAUGUCACAAAUUACCCCGAGAGAGGAUUGGUUUCCCGUCACUCCUGGUUGGCAACUAUUUGCCACAACUUGCAGGAAGACGUAAAUGGCACAUCGAACUACCGCUCUAUCAAGUGGCAUAAACGUAAUUUCAAAGCAAAUGUAGGGAUAAGUGUUGGACCUGAAGGAGGAGCAGGUCAAAUCGUUUUGCCAUUUGGAAUCUGCAUCAACGCUCCUAAAUUCCUGAUCGUCAAAAGCAAAUCAGCUACUCUUUUCUGUGGCAGGUUCAAGUCAUUGUACUCUUAUUACUAG